CAUGGAACUUGUCUCCCAAUUCACAGAGGACGCUGUUGCCCAAGAAGACCAUAUCUGCGAUAGACCAGCUUGCCGUCGGCGCAUAGUCAAGAAUGACCCAUGUCAUUAUGUCGCUAACAUGAUUGUUGGCCAGCCAGGUCGCUUCGUGUGUGAAACAUGUUACGUAGGAUAUCGGCAGAAGAUUUCAUCAUCAGUCCGACCUUCAGGUCAGCGUGCACCACUUACCCAGAGCAUGCAGAGGCCCGCUUCCCAGAGCAUGCAGAGGCUUGGUAUGAGUCGUCUUCCGGAUCCUCAAAUCAUAUGUCAAAGCGUGAAUGACGCGCAGAGGAAAUCUACAAUAUAUCCACCCCCUGUGGUUCCACUGGCACUCUCUCAACCGUCAGGCAGUGGCAUCAGUCAGACUAGCGCGCCAGGACCAGAGAUCCUGGUGCCAUUAUCCUGGCAACAUUCACAGAGCAUGGGCCAGCACAGGGUUGCUGGCGCUGCAGGAUACUCUCUCCACCAUGCACAAUAUAACUCAGAGCGUGAACGGUGGGCAAAGCUUUCGUAUGCUCCACCUCCAGCGGAAACUAUCACCUUGGAGAUUUCAGCAGUCCGUGAGGGGAACUCACAGAGGAAAGCCGGGCGCGGCAUAAACAUUGGGAACAUCUGUGAAGGCAAGAAGGACAUUGAUGCCCGGAUUGACGCACCUGGACUCAUCGCCCUUGCAUACGACACGGUCACUCCCAAACUCUUUGUUUUUGGAAAUGGGUUUCCAUGGCGCACCAACGAGUUCACUGUCUGGGAUGCCGCUUGGGUUGAUCUCUCUACCCACCAGCCUAACGUCCCUUACUUUUUCUCCCAAUGUUUAGUCCCUUCUCGACGUGGGCAAAAAGCGCCCACAUUUAAAUCCAAGCAGUUUCCAUUGUCAGUCAUUGUACCGGCGGUGCAGUGGGGUGAGUACGAGGAAUGGCUAGAGAGCAUUGAAGAGUAUCGUCAUCGUCAGUCUGUGACUCACAAUGACGGGAACAGUGUCAAUGACUUCGAUGACGGGAACACCGGUAUCAACGACUUCGAUGACGGGAACGCCGGUAUCAAUGAUUUCGAUAACGGGAGCACUAUCGAGGACUUUGAGGAUGGGAAUGAGCUGGAAGGUGCAAACUCAAAUGACUGGGAAGGUACCAGCAGCACGAAGUCUGGGACGGACUUAGCACAGGAUCGUCGGGCACCUUCUCUCUCAGCCAAGCGGACACAUGUUCGAGCAGAGAGUGAUUCUCGCUCAAGCGCCGUAUCGCCUCCUCGCAAGAAGGCCGCAGCCGCACCGUUAUUGUCCAAAGGUUUGGAUGCACUUUGCCUCCCUGGUCGUGACUCUAUGAGAGAGGCAUUGAAGUAUGGAGGCAGCGCAAAUCUAAAUGUAUCGAUCUUCGACCGCCACCACGAAGAUAUCGAAUAUUAUCCAAUUCCAACCCGUUCGCUCACUGAAAUUCUGAAGACACCGAAAUACCGCACAUUUGAACUUGACAUUUCAGACUCGCAUAUCGGCCAACUCACGAUUGAUAUUCCCCUCCACAGUAUGAUAGGAAUUGGCGCUUUCAAAACAGCUCAUCCUGGGUGGCUCACUCUAUCCCCCAUUGUUUCUAGCGGUCUUGGAUCACGCUCUCAGCAUGACGUGGUUGUUAAACGACCAUUUUAUAGGGUCCCGCCAACGAGUCAGGCUGCCGCAUCACUCAAGAUCGUGCGAUAUUCGUCAGUGGACGAGCUGAAACAUGUCCUGAAAGAAAGUAUCGUCAUGUACUGGGCAAAGUCGCUCCUCAACUACACUUAUGAUUACAUUGACCACCAUAUCAGCACUUCACCAACACCUCCGCCCUUUGAGAUUCCUCGUGUGCGUUUCGUCGAUGCUGGUGUUGCUUUGGGGUAUGGACAGCGCAGUGCCAGCUCAAAACCAGGAGAUAAAUCAAACACAAAGGCAGGAACAGUUUCGGCUGUCUAUCUCCUCGAAGAGCGCAUCGUGUUUGACGACAACCAGGAGUUUACCAAGUUCAUUCACAACAUGGACUACGUGCCUUCUCUCGAUGAGGAUCAAUAUGGCUAUGAUCUAGCCGUUUUCCUUGCAUUCACACAGCAUAUUCAAUAUGUGCAGACUGAAGGUUUGGCGUUUGUUUCGGAUUAUCAAGGGAGUUUGACACUUCUAACAGACCCUCAGAUCUUGACUCAUCCGUCCGUAAAUGACGGAGAUGACGUCUUUGGGGGCGGGAAUAUUGAGGGCAUAGUGGAUGAGUUCGAGCGCAAGCAUUCUUGUAACCUUUACUGCAGAUGGCCAGGAUUUGGAUUGAAGCCAUUUGUCAGUUUAGAGCAGAACGAUUAGACAGAUUUCUUGGUAUAAGACCUUAGUAUUAUUGUAUGCCGACAAUGUUAACGCUCUAGGGUACAGCACUGGAAUUGUAUCUUAAGGGUGUUCGAAGUUCUA